CCAUGGCCCAGCAUGCACAGCGUUCAGCACAACCCUUACGAAUUGCUGCUCACAUUCUGUCUACUUCCUCAUUAUUUGUCUUACACAGAGGAAAAACACAACUUUUAAUUUCAGAAAGUCUGUAAUCUUCUUUUCGUUUUUUUGAGGCGUUUCUACAAGAUGUCCAAGCCACCACCCAAACCAGCGAAACCAGGACAGGUCAAAGUAUUCAGAGCCCUGUUUACAUUUGAACCAAGAACCCCAGAUGAAUUAUAUUUUGAAGAAGGAGACAUACUGUACAUUUCUGAUACGAGUGAUAGCAACUGGUGGAAAGGGACCUGUAAAGGCAGGACGGGGCUAAUUCCAAGCAAUUAUGUUGCAGAGCAGGCAGAAUCCAUAGACAAUCCAAUGCACGAAGCUGCCAAAAGAGGUAACCUAAGCUGGUUAAGAGAAUGUUUGGAUAACAGAGUUGGCAUCAAUGGUCUUGACAAAGCUGGAAAUACUGCUCUUUACUGGGGUUGUCACGGUGGGCACAAAGAUGUAGUAGAGGUGUUACUUGGACAAGCUAAUAUCGAACUUGAUCAACAGAAUAAGCUUGGAGACACAGCUUUGCAUGCUGCUGCUUGGAAGGGCUACUCUGAUAUUGUAGAGAUGUUGCUAAACAAAGGUUCGAGAACAGAUAUAUUAAAUAAUGAGAAGAAACUGGCCCUAGAUAUGGCUACAAAUGCACAGUGUGCAUCCCUACUUAAAAGGAAGCAAGGAUCAACGAUCAUACGGACUGCAAGCAAUGCAGAAGAGUACUUGGAUGAUGAGGACUCUGAUUAAAUGACAGCUUUCAUGACGUUGCUGUGUUUUAUAAACAAGUAAUGCAUUCCAAAGUUUGAAACUUUUUAUUUUUAUUUUUUUGCUUUAAGGAACACAGUAAUUUACAUUUAAAAUGCUUUUCCAAGUAUAUAUGUAAAAAAAAAAAAAAAAAUGUCUAGACCAUAUUUGUCAUCUCCAAAUUGAUGUGACUAUUAUAACAAAAAAAAAAAAAAUGCUUGUUUGGUCCAGUCUGUAAUGCCUUAAAAAUGUUAACUGUUUGUAUAUAUUCUUACAAAAUAAAUUGUUCUAAUUAUCAUUCAUUCUAUUAAUAGUGAAGCAUUUUAAAAAAUAAAUAUUUCAAACCUU